AUUAAAUUAAAUAUAUCUAAAAUAAUUUUUAUUAGAAUAAUUUUUGUAUCCUCCUUUAUUUCUCUUAGAAUGAAUAACUGAUUUUCAAUAUGAAUUAUUAUAGAAAUUUCGCUUUUUAUAUUUAUCCCCCUAAUAUCAAAAAAUAAAAUUAGCGAUCAAUCAAUAAAAUAUUUUAUUAUCCAAAGAAUUUCAUCUUAUCUAUUUAUUUUUUCCAUUAUUAUUAAUAGAAUAAAUGAAAUGUAUAUUAACAACCCCCUAACAUUAUUAAGUCUGAUACUAAAAAUUGGAAUACCCCCGUUCCAUAUUUGAAAACCAGAAAUUAUGAGUAAAUUACCCUGAAUAGAAUGUCUAUUAUUAACAACAUUAAUUAAAAUUCCCCCAAUAAUUUUAAUUAAUAAAUUAAUUAGAUUUAAGAUAUUAAUAAUCCCCCUAUUAAUUACUCUUAUUAUCGGAAGAUUAAGAGGAUUAAAUCAAUUAAAUUUAAAAAAAAUAAUAGCAUUUUCUUCAAUUUUCAAUUUACCUUGAAUGUCCUCAGCUUUUUUGAUUAGAGAAAAAAUUAUAUUAACCUUCUUAAUUUUCUACAUUAUAUUAAAUUUCAAGUUAAUAAGCCUAUUUAAAUUAAAUAAUUUAAAUUAUUUAAAUCAAUUGAAUUUUUUACCUUUAAAAACCAAAAUAACUAUAAAUCUAAAUAUAUUAUCCCUAAGAGGGCUCCCCCCCCUUUUAGGAUUCUUCCCAAAAUGAAUAAUUUUAAAUGAAUUAACUAAAACCCUUAUAAUUCUCCCCAGAAUUAUAAUUUUAACCUCCAUAAUCUCAAUAUUUAUGUAUAUUCAAAUCAAUUAUUUCUCUAUAAACAAUUUUUCCUUUAAAAAGAAAAAUUUUAAGAAUAAUACAGCUAAAUCUUUUUCCAUUCUAAAUUUAAUAGCAUUUCCUAUAAUACUAAUUUUUUGAAUAUAA